GUCAUAGUAAUUAUGUGAGUGACACAACGUUAUAUAAUAAUGGAGGAACCUGUUGGCGAGAGCUUUCGAGCCAUGUUGCUUUAAUAUUCAGGGCACACUUAGUUUACGACCGGUUGAUAGCCAAGAUGAGGUUGUGACAUUUGCUGGGUUUAAUCAGUCUCUUGGGCCUGUGAAAGCUAAACCUAGAUUAUUAAAAAAAGAAUUGCUCAACAAUAUCGCAGCUUUCUUGAAUGCCACACUGAUAAGAAACGUUGUCUUCGUAUACGUGAGGAAUUAGGUAAAGCCAAUUUUGGUACUUACGCACAAAUUUUCCUAAUUACUCCCGUGUUUCGUUUCACCAGCGACCUCGGUCGUAAACAACGACUCUUAACAUCACUAGAUUGCAUAUUUUUAAAGUCCAUCAUUUAUGUAUUAAGUUAAUGAGGCAUCUUCAGGAUUCAGAAUUUGUUUCAGGUAGAAAUGAAAACUAAAAUUCCUCCCUCUGCAAAUGAGACCGGACCUGAUACUUUGGAGCACUGUCCUAGUGGACAAGUUAUGCGAGCAGCGACGUUUCUAGGCAAGAAAAGCGUAAACAUGCCGUUCCUGGAGUACUUGCACAUCGGACACUGCCGACUCAACAUCACCAGGGACUACAUGCAGACAGCCGUGGAUGCCUUCGCAAUCCUUAUCGGCGGAGAUCUGUCCGAUGUGGAGCGGUUACCAGGGUCAUAUGUGUUACGCUCUGCCCGCACAAUUGCCAUGAUGCGAUUAGCUCGUGAAAAACUGGCAGCCACGUGGUUCGUGGUAAAAGGUACCACUCCAAACAAUAAGAUCACUUUCGAGACGCUGGAGAAGUUCCGCCCACUGUUCAAGUAUGUCAGCGGCAGGGAGAUGUCCAAUCUGAACCUCUCAGAUAACAAGAUACUGUCCUUCAUCGGCUCACAUCCUGAUCUUAAUAGGCAUCAGGUUGGCGUAGUGGCGAGCAAGUACAUAAGACUGAAUCCGCGAUGGACUGAUGCUAAAUACCUGAACAUCAUGAACAACUUGCUGUGUGGAGUGCCCAUGAUCUUCAUGCGAAGGAUCCCGGAGAACACUUACUUGCAGCUGACACACCAAUUAUUUUACCACAUACGAGCAUGUGAUCCCUUGCAGCGCAGAUUUUAUUUAGCCAUGAUGAUGAAAACUCAGGCAUUAGGCAAAUCAUACAGUUGGAGCGCUCGAGAAGUGUCCCGGCUGGGGUUGCUGCUAGCCGAAGUUAGUGGAAAAGACCUGAGUGCUAUCAACCCUGAAGCUGUUGCUGGUAUAACCCCACAAGUUAUGUUAGAAAUGCCGAUACACAGUCUGAAGUCGAUCACGGAACUACAGCUGCGGUACUUGCAUCCGAAGGCGCUCAACAUUUUGGCGCGAAAGCUCAUUGAAUAUCAAAACGAACAGCUUGAAGCUUCAGACUCUGGAGUGACCCUACGCAAGCUUACAAUACGUUUGUUUAUGACCAUUUGGUUUAUUUGUAUGAUGAUAUAAUAAUAUUGUUUAAUUCUACAAUAAGUAUAGAUAUUCUUAAUGUUCA